AUGUGUAUAUGCGUAUGUGUGUGUGUGCAUGUCUUCGACAAAUCCCAAUUGCUUCCUGUUGCAUCAUUGAGCCUGCCAGUACCAUGUUCUUCUCUUCUGUCCGAGUCGGGUGCGGAAUCUAAGCCUGGUGUUGUUUCUGGGGUCAACCUCGAACAGGUCUGCUGGUCGCCGGGCGCCGAGCGCCAGAUCCGCAAAUGGGGCCUCGCUUUGUGGCCACGACGUCCACUCAGUACCAGCUUGAGGGCAGCCUCUUUUGUAGAUUCCUCUCGGCAUACCUUAGACAGAAAUCGUCAGCAUUUGUCUGUCGAAUUACGUAUAAAAAUGGCUGUCUGUCUCUUUAUGCAUGUUUGUCGGACCCGCACAUUCGCACAUUAG